CUAGGGGCCCGAGCCCUGGCAGCGGCGGGAGCGCGCAGGGGGCGGGACGUCCGGUACUUGGUGUCGGAGCCUCCGGGGGAGGGAGGACGCCCUAGGACUGGAAUGGAGCGUCUGAGGGCGUGGCUGCGCCUGCGCUCCUCCCAGGCCCCGCCCCUCCGCCUAGCCACGGAACCCUAUUGGCUCCCACAUGUUUGCCCCGCCCCUCAGGAGCUGGGCGGGGCCUGCGUUUCUGCUUCCCAGGAGGGGCGGGUGAACCUGAGCAGCCCCGCUUAGGUUCCUUUACUGCUGGGGUUCCCUGGGCCGCUGACCAGCCAGGGUGGGGACGGGCUGGGCCUGGCACUGCCGUGGUGCCCCCAUCCACUAUGGCCCCCCGCCCCCGCAGUGCUCCCCCCCCCACCAUGUCCCCUGCCCCUGCGGUGCUCCCCCUUACCGUGUCCCCCGCUCCUACGGUGCUCCCCGCUGUGCCCCCCGCCCCCGCAGUGCUCCCCCUUGCUGUGCCUGCCCCCGCGAUGCUCCCCUCAGUGCUCCCCAUACUUGCCCUGACUCCCCAAAGCUUGUCCCCUCCCCAGGGCGCCCGCCGUGAUCCCCCAGGACCUGGCAGGAGGGGAGGAGGAUGGCGCCUGUGCUCCUGAUGCCCGGCAGCUGCCAGGGCUCCGUGACCUUCCAGGACGUGGCCGUGGACUUCACCCCUGAGGAGUGGGGGCACCUGGCCCCCGCCCAGAAGAGACUCUACCGCGAGGUGAUGCUGGAGAACUAUGGGCACCUGGUCUGCCUGGGGCUCGCGGUGUCCAGUCCCGACGUGAUUGGCCAGCUGGAGCGAGGGGACACCCCAUGGAUGGCAGCCAGAGACCUCCAGAGAAGGAGCCGCCCCAAUGGCAACCCCAGGAGUGAAACCGAGUCAGCACCAAAACUGGGUCUUUCUGUGGAAGAAACCUCCUUUGAAAGGCUCGCAAAGGAUGGUCCCUGUAUCUCUAGUUUCAGAAAAGCUGGUGUGUGCAAUUCUAAGUUAGAGGGGCAGCAGGGCAAUAAAGAACAGAACCUUCAAAGAUGUGAUACCCACAGGAAGAGCUUCAGGCUCCAGCCAGGCCGAAGAAGAUAUCACCGAAUCUGCUUAAAGAAGAUAUUUUCCAAGUAUAACGAGUGUGGGAAACCCUUUGAUUACAAUUCAGGUCUUAUUGACUAUCAGCUAAUCCAUGCCGCAGAGAAACCUUUUGAAUGUAAUGAAUGUGGCAAAGGUUUUCGCUGGAGCACAGAACUUACUGUUCAUCAGAGGAUUCACACCGGAGAAAAACCUUAUGAAUGUAAUGACUGUGGAAAGACCUUCCGUCAGAGCUCUCAGUUGACCAUCCAUAAGAGAAUUCACACUGGUGAGAAGCCUUACAAGUGUUAUGAGUGCGGGAAGGCCUUUCACCAGAGCGCAGGACUGAUGCAGCAUCAGGCAAUUCAUUCUGGGGAGAAACCUUUUGAAUGUAACGAGUGUGGGAAAACCUUCCGCCGGAGUUCACAGCUUACAGGACAUCAGAGGAUUCAUACCGGGGAGAAGCCGUAUAAGUGUAGUGAAUGUGGGAAAGACUUCCGGCAGAGUUCGCAGCUUACCAUACACAAGAGGAUUCACACUGGCGAGAAGCCUUACGAGUGUCACGGAUGCGGGAAAGCCUUCCACCAGAGCGCAGGACUGAUGCAGCAUCAGAAAAUCCACACUGGAGAGAAGCCUUAUGGGUGUAGUGAAUGUGGGAAGGCCUUCCAUCAGAGCUCACAGCUCACCGUCCAUCAAAGAAUCCACACUGGAGAGAAGCCGUAUGUGUGUAAGGAGUGUGGGAAGGCCUUCCACUGGAGUUCCCGGCUCACCCAGCACCAGAGAAUCCAUACUGGGGAGAAGCCGUAUGAAUGUAGUGACUGUGGGAAAGCCUUCCGGCAGAGCUCCCAGCUCCUCGUGCACCAGAGGAUCCACACGGGAGAGAAGCCUUACAAGUGUAAAGAGUGUGGGAAGGCCUUUCAUCGAAGCACGGGGCUCACCCAGCAUCAGAAAAGUCACACUGGAGAGAAGCCCUAUGAAUGCCACGAAUGCGGGAAGACUUUCCUGCAGAAAUCUUGGCUGACUGUCCAUCAGAGAAUCCACACCGGAGAGAAGCCUUUUGGAUGUAAGGAGUGUGGGAAGGCCUUCCGCCGCAGCUCACAGCUGACUCAGCAUCAGAUCAUUCACACCAGAGAGAAACCUUUUGAAUGUCGUGAGUGUGGGAAGACUUUUCAUCAGACUUCCCAGCUCAUUCGACACCAGAUAAUUCACACUGGAGAGAAGCCCUUCAUCUGUAAUCAGUGUGGGAAGGCCUUCCGCCAGAGUAAACACCUUACUCGGCACGAGAUAAUCCACACCGGAGAGAAGCCUUAUGAAUGCGGUGAGUGUGGGAAGGCCUUCCGCCGGAGCAUAGAGCUCACCCGGCACCAGACAAUUCACAGUGGAGGGAAGCCCUUUGAGUGCAGUGAGUGUGGGAAGGCCUUCCGCCUGAGAACGCGGCUCACUGAGCACGUGAGGAUUCACACUGAGGAGAAGCCUUAUGAAUGUAGUGAGUGUGGGAAGGCCUUCCGCCAGAGCGCGGGGCUCAUCCAGCACCAGAGGAUUCACACCGGGGAGAAGCCAUACGGGUGCAGCGUGUGUGGGAAGGCCUUCCGCCAGAGCUCGCAGCUCAUCCGGCACCAGAGAAUCCACACCGGGGGGAAGCCUUACGGGUGCAGCGCCUGUGAGAACGCCCUCUGCCUGAGCAAGCCCCUUGUCACACAGUACGUCACCCGGGGGGGAGAAGCCUUAGCAAGGUGAAAGCCUUCUGAAUGUAACAAAGAGAUUUCAGCCAGAGUUCCCCUACACUUUGUCAUAGAGAACUUAUACCAAAGGAAACCUUACAGAAGGAGUAAGUCCCUGUCACGGUUCCCCCAGGGGCCACUCCCAACCAUUUCCUUCCUUCCUCCAGUUCCAAGCCAUCCAUUUCCUCUAGUGUCUACCCUGACAGCAGGCAACUUUGCCGCACUUUCUCCCCCAAAACAAAGUCUGUCCAAAUUGAACUGGUUUCUUCAAUUCCACAUCUGUACAGUUCUUUUUGAAUGUCUGUUGCUUUCUUUUCUGUCUUUUAUGACAGAAAGUCACAAAAUCACCUAAGUAAAGAUAUUGUCCUGGUCAUCUUGUCCAGUCUUUAUGUUUAAAAAAACCUUAGCUAGAACAUAUAAAACAAGAUGAAAAUGCUUUCUCUAUUAGAGAGUCUCAGAGGACCUCAGUGACCUCUAGUUCAAUCUGUACCUAAGAACACCCUCUACAACUAACUCAAGUGGCCAUUCAUGGUUUGCUGGAAGACCCCCACAAAGCGGGGUAGGAAUCAUUUUCUCUUGCUUUACUCCCAUUCCUGUACAACUUCAUCUUAUUACUCUGGGUUCUGUCCUUUGGGACCAAACAGAAAAGAGUCCAUGUUACAGUCUUUCCAAAUAUAUGACUAUUUAUCAUGUUCCCUAAUUGCUGAAAUACCUGAUGAUAUUGAUCCCAUUUCCCUCUCUCUUAAUCCAGUAUCCAGGGGCUUGCCUGUCCUCUGCAAAGCUCUCCAGCUUAUCGGCAUCUUUACGCUGAUUCCCUACUACUUAGUUCUAGAGAAGGUGUCUGACAAGGGCAGAGUCCAGUGCCAGACUAUCACCAGAUGUCUCUUCUGGUCUCUCCACUGAUCAAAUGAAUAAAAAAUCCAAUCCUUGAUACUCCAGCCUAACAAUGAGCCAUCUCUUUUCCUUGUAUCUCAUGUAGUCCUCUUAAAAAUCCUGGUAUUAGAUUCUCACUGGGUGGAUGAGGAGGAAACCAAGGCUUAGAGAAGCUAUGACCGGUCCAUGGCAAGAAAAUUGCUGUUGUCUUCAGUAUCUCACCACUUGCCACUAUCUCAGUGUUUUGCAUUCUCCUUCCUUUCCCAGCCACUUUGAUCUCUCAAAGCUCAUUACAGAAUCUCUAUUUCUCUGUUCAAUCCAAAUCUUCCUUUGCCUUUAGGAGACAUUUCAUAUCGAUGGCCACCAUUUUCUUUUUGAUAAUCUCUUCUCAUCUUCAGAGGCAAGAAGCUUAGCUUAGCCCUCUUAGCUAAAGAAUAGAGAUACAGAACCUGGCUUGUAAAAUCCCUUUCUAACAAACCUGUAAGGUAGGUGGACAAAUAUCCCGAUUUGAGAGGCAGGAGAAGGGAAGCAUUGAAGGCAUCGCCUGUGAUCCAGCAGUUGGUCGGUGCUAAUGUGGAGUUCGGAUCUCUCAGCCUGGUAUUCUCUUCACUGUUCCUCCUUUAUCUCUUUAAUCUCCUUUUUUAGAUCCUUCAUUUUAUCUUUCCUUCUUUAAACUCCUUUUCUGGGUCCUUGAUCUUUCCCCAAAUCUUAGAAGGUGCUCUCCAAGGUCCUGCCUUUGAUUGUUUUUUCUUUUUCUAAUCACCUCUGGGUCAGUGGAUUCAGGACCAAAUAGCCCUUUUUCACUUAAUAGCUGUGACCUUAGAUCAGUCACUUUCUCGGAGCCUGUUUCCUCUUCUGGAAGUGGGGGUGAAACUGACUGGCAGACCUCUACAGCAGGCCAGCCCUGACCUGGCUCUGGGUGUCAUUUCUGCUAGAAGGAUUGGGAUUCUCCAAUGUCAUUUCUUGCUGAGCACAUCUCCCGAGGGUUUGAAAAGCUACAUUUGAUUAGGAGACUUGUAUUCAGUCUAAUUCCUGCUCUGCCAUUACCAGGUACUUGUGAUGUUGUUUGCCCUUUCCUUGGGAUGCUCUCACCUCUUGCCUUCAGAAAUGCGCAUGCUAUUCUCUGCCUGCCUCUUGAAGACAGAAAUAGCAGGGGUUGUUGCAAUGAGGCGUAUUUCAGCCAAUUAGAGUUGACCCAAAGAGAAUGGGUCCUUGUGUGAUGUGGAGGCGGCACUGAAUCCCCAAGCUCUGCUGCAGGAGCACUUGUCAGAGCCCCAUAAAGGCAAUCCAUGGGCACGGGGACCGGCCCGGAGGCUGCUGAGCCUCCUUCAGCCUGUGUGAUAAAGCCCUAAGGAACUUGACUUUCUGUUGGGGGAUACAUCGAUACAACUUGGCCGCAGAGAAGCAAAUACGAGAUCUCAUGUUGGGGGUGGGGGCACUCCCAACUGGGAAUGAAAGACCACAUACGGGGAGGAGGGGACACUUGUGCUGAGGCUUGGAGGGAGCCAGGGGAUCAAGGGACAGAUCAGGGAGGGGAGCAGGGGGUUGGGCUGGGGAGGGGGGAAGAAGUCAUGGCAUCCACUGGAAAAGGAGAGGAAGAGGAGCAGGCAUUUUGUCUGUCGGGGAAAGGAGCUGCCGAAGCUUUCCUGGUGAGUGACGGGAUCAAUCGACAGAUCAGGAGGGCAGAACAACAGGAGCAUCUGAUGACCGAGGGAUUGCAAACAAAUGGUGAUAGGUGACAGCACUCGCAAAAGUGAUGAGGAGAGACAGAAUGAAGGGCCAUGUCCACGCCGACCGCAAAUGUGCAAACAAUAACCACAAAAUCCAGAAGAAUCCCAGAAAAAUGAAGAGGAAGUGUUUGUUCCAACUAUUAAGUUUGGUGCACUCAAAAUAAGCCAACCUGUACAAAUUAGAAGUACAGUAGACAUGGUAGCACCGAGGUGUGUGUAUCAGUGUUUUGGUUGAUUGUUUAUUAAGUUUAGAAUAAAGAAAUAACACUUUCUA